UACUACGCCGUCAUAACAAGCCUGACCUAUCAGAAAGUGUUUUGGUUAAGUCACGUGGAAACCUCGACAGACUGAUAGGCGGGUGGCAAGAUGAAAGACGAACUUACGGCACAUCACUGAGAGAGAGGCAAGUUCGUGCGUCAAAUCUGAAGUUUACCACGCUGUGCAACAUCGGAUGAGCCUCGGCGGCAUCACAGAUUUCCUCAAGGCGAAAACACGGAAACAUAAAACAGCAACGAGGAGAGCGGUGGGAAAAUUGGUUGUAUGGCACCUCAGUCGUGCGUAAUGAAUCCUGCGCAGGGAUCACCGCCCUCGACUGCUCCGGGGGACACCUCACCAGAGGACCGAGCCGCCGGUGGCAUGGGAUCUGACAAGCUGGAUCUAUCCCCUGUCAGAAGAUGUAAGACCAAGAGUUUAGAUCUGCCUUUCAGUGUGGAAUCCCUCAUAUCAGACCGGCCGCCCGGCAGAAGCGUCCACUCCCCCGAGCCCGGUUCAGACUGCGUCCAGGCAGAGGAGACCGAGUGUGCGUCACCGAGUGGACUUUAUCGGUCCAAACCAGAGGUGGUGGACUCCAGUGACAAGGAAACGAACCCCUGGUUUCAGGCUCCUUACGCAUCCCCUCCAAGACUUCCCAGCCCGACCCCUUGCAAUCUACGGAAACACAAGAACAACAGGAAACCCAGAACUCCCUUUACAACCUCUCAGCUGCUUUCUCUGGAGAGGAAGUUCCGUCAGAAACAGUACCUCUCCAUCGCGGAGAGAGCGGAGUUCUCCAGCUCCCUCAGCCUCACAGAGACCCAGGUCAAGAUCUGGUUUCAGAACCGCAGGGCCAAGGCCAAGAGACUGCAGGAGGCCGAGCUAGAGAAGCUCAAGCUGGCCGCGAAGCCGCUGCUGCCGGCCUUCGCGUUUCCCUUCCCCCUGAGCGCACCUAUGGGCGCACCGUCCCUCUACGCGGCCCUGAACGGACCGCGGCCUGCCUUACCUGUCCCAGGACUAUUCAGUGGACCAUAUGGGAUGUACUAUUUGUCUUAACCCUCACUAACUUUGAACUGAUUCGUGGGGAAAGCUGCCUUUAAAAAUGCCUUCAUGCAGCAAAUAAGAAACACUGCAAAAAUGUCCAUCUGUCUGAAAUCUCAUAUUAAAUCUUAUGUAAAAUAUUUCUCGUUAUAGUGAAAAAUAAAAUUGCGUGAGAAGAAUAUUUUGCAUACAGAAAUGUUAGCAGAAUAAACUGGUUUAAUUUUAAAAUAAUAGAUUCUUUUCAAUGAACAUGUGGAACAGAGACAAGUGAAAUAUUUUCACUCAAUUGUCAUUUUUCAUUUCAUUUUCUAUGACGUAUUUCAGAUUUACUUUACCGUAAAAUAUUUGUUAACGUGGUCAUUUUUGCAGUGUAAUUAGUAAAUUCCCUUUUCGAAAAGACACACUAUCACUGAGCUCAUUCUCCGGAUAAAAUUUUUCAAAUUUCACAUGAAUUGGGAGCUUCUGUCUUCCAGUAUAGGCAUUCUGCCGUAAAGUAAUUCUAAUGUGGCAAGAGAAGAUGUUUAUUUAAAGGCCUGUAGCUUUGGGUUUAAAGCAAUAGCUUCUGAUGACUCACUAAAGUGACCAUGUGAAUGUCUUAUUUCCAUUUCAGAGGCCUUUCAAAAGUUCUCACCUUAAAUGAACAGUUUUAAAAAAUGUGUGGUACAGAAAACACUGAAGAGCAUCAACAUUUAUACUCAGUCUAAAAAUCAGUUUUCUGUAUAAUAGGAGGAACUUCUCUGUUUAAUCAUAGACUGAUAAUAUAACUGGCACUCAGACUUUUUUUUUUUAUAAGCUGAAGGUGGGAGGAAAAAGUUACCAAACAAGUAGAUUGUGCCUCAAAUUAUGAUCAGCUGUUAUAAAGAGGCAAUCUCACACAUCAGUCAUUCAACAAAAAAAAAAAAACACUUCAAUUAGCGCAAACAUAUAUUCAUAUUAUAUAUAUUAUAGCCAUAAAAAUACAAAUUAAGUCUAAAAUAAAUCUACUUUAUCAUUGUCAUUAGUUUUUUACAUUACCUCAAAAGACCUUUUGCACAGGUGUUGAAAGAGCUCCUUAAAGUCCAAGACCAGUUUCAUUACAAAAUGUAAAUAAAAGUCAACUAUUUUUUGCAAACACUCCAAAAUCCUAAACAAGACUGAUAGACUCACAUCAGUCAUUAAUGUACAGUGUAUUUUAUAUUUGAUGAGUGAAAAGGUGUUUUGUACAAUUAUUAAAAUCUCUUA